AUGGACACCAAGAAAAUGAUAAUGGCCGGCUUGAUCAUCGCGAUCGGCCUCGGCGUCGGCGUCCUCAUCGGCCACUACGCCGUGCCGCACGCACCCAAGGCUGCCAAGGACCACAAGCCACUGGUGGGAACCACCACGCCUGCAACAGCCGGAGCGAGCGACGCUCUGAAGGCGCUUCUGGAGGACGUCAAGAAGACUCCUGCUCAAGGUGGUUUUGUCAGGCGUCUUGUACACGCCAUCGAUUCGGCCAAAAUCGAGGAGCAUCUCAAAUUUCUUGCCGCGGAACCUCAUGUUGCCGGAACGGCGAGAGAAGAGAAUGACCUGGCCAACUACAUCAAAGAGAAGUUCACUGAGUAUGGCUUGGAUUUUGUGAAGAUAGCGUCUUACGACGUGCUGCUCUCCUAUCCCAAUGUUUCCGAUCCCAAUACGGUUCAAGUUCUGAAUAUCAGCAGCGGAGAGGUCUUCUUCGAUGCAGCCACACAAGAAGAUGUCAUUCCUGGAGUAAACUCGGACAUUGGCCCGGCCUUCUUAGCCUACUCGCCCCCUAAUGACGUUCUUGGAAACCUGGUCUACGUCAACUACGGCACGAACGAAGACUUCGAUAUGCUGCAACAAAUGGGCGUCGACAUAAACGGUGCAGUCUGCCUUGCCAGGUACGGCAAUGGAUACAGGGGGCAGAAAGUCCGUAACUGCGCUGCCCGAGGCGGCGUCGGUGCCCUUCUCUUCCUGGACCCAGAGCAGGUUGCCAGGGAAGGUCUAGACAACGUGUUCCCCAACAGCACCUGGAUGCCCGACACGGCCAUGCAGAGGGGAUCCCUGAUGUCUGUCGGUGACCCCAUGACUCCGGGAGUGCCAGCACUGCCAUCUACGGAAAGAAUCGACAUUGCGUUUGCGGGCUUGCCGGCGAUUGCGGCUCAGACCAUCGGGUACCGGGACGCCAGGAUCCUCUUGGGCAUGCUCGGGGGACCUCUGGCUCCGCAGUCGUUCGUAGGUGGUUUCAACAUGACCUACCGUGUCGGCCCAUUCGCCGACGAGCACGCAGACAAGUACGUCCGGCUGCGGGUGAACAAUCUCUUCAGCGUCGUCACCGUCAACAACGUGAUCGGUGGUAUCGAGGGAGCGGUCGAACCAGACAGGGUUGUGAUCACGGGCAACCACCGAGACGCGUGGGGCUACGGUGCCUCCAGUCCGUCCUCGGGAACUGCGGCCCUCCUGGAGCUGGCCAGGGUCCUCGGACAGCUGAAGAGCAAGAACGUACGCCCCAGACGCACCGUGCUGCUCUGCAGCUGGGCUGCCGGCGAGUACGGUCUGAUCGGCUCCACCGAGUGGGUCGAGGAGCACAUCAUCGAUCUGCAGGCUCACGCCGUAGGAUACAUUGACGUAGAUCAGUGUGCAUCAGGUCUCGCGUUCGCACCGACGUCCUCCCCUACCUUUGCGUCAGCCGUCCAGGCAGCAGCACACCUCGUUCCGGAUCUUACAAAGCCCGGAUCCCACCAGACGUUAUUUGACCUAUGGAAGUCGUACGUGAAUGAAGGCAGCAACUCUACCGAAGACCCCGAACCAAUGGCCUGCCACGGAGCGUCGGACAAUGCCCCAUUUAACUUCUUCGCUGGAGUGCCUACUAUAGGCAUCGGUUUCGUCCCCGACUGGAAAAAGUACGGUACGACGACCUUCCCGGCGUACCACACAGCAUACGACACCCUGUACCUGUAUCAGAACCUGAUAGACAAGGAUAUGACCCUGGCCAAGAUGUGCGCCCAGAUGAACGGCGCCGCCACGAUCCUUCUGAGCGAUUCUGUUCUUUUGCCGAUGGACUUCCGCAAACUUGCCCAGCGCCUCAGGGCUUCCGUGGACGACAUGGAGGCCCGGCAAAUCGCCUUCCAGUUGGAGAGCGUCGGCAUAUCUCUCGGUCCCCUCCGAAUGCAGAUAGAGAAGUUCCGCAAUGCCUCUGAAGAGUGGCAUACGUAUAUCGACUCACUCGAGACAGUCAAACCUGCCUUCCCUGGUGAGGCUGCUGAACGACAAGAUGAUGAAUGUCGAAAAGGCCUUCCUGAAGCCAACCGGACUCCCCGGAAGACCCCUGGUGCACCAUCUGGCCUUCGCGCCAUCUGAAUUCGACCGCUACGACGUCAAGGGAUUCCCGGUUUUCUCGGACCUGCUGUACUACAUCAACAAGCUUCCUCCCGAUUCUC